AUGAAGGAGGUUAAAUUAAGGAUACAUGUGAAGGAAAUAUGGCAGGCGUGCUAUGCUCUUGACAUCAGAGACCCGGAUCUUUUUAUUGGAGUUAACAAAAGUAUAGACUAUUUGGCUAUACUAAAAGAGAUAUUUAAGAAUGGCCUGGAAAUAGAAGGCGAGUGCAGUGACGAAGAAAAGAAGGACAUCCUGGAUAUAGUUAAAAACAAUCUAUACUACUACUUCAUACAUAACCCUUAUGGAGUAGAAGCCAUGUGGUUUCUAUACGGUGCAUUGAAGAAAAACGAUGAAUCGGUUAGAUCAAAGGCUUUUGAUUUGAUUGACCAGCUUUUGAAAUCAAACCCAUACAUAUACAAACGAGAGCACGGGAUACAUAUACAGGAGGGCAUAAAUGAUAGUGCAAACAAAAGCCUGAGAACAAGAACAUACACUCUGAAGGUGGAUGAUACAGAUCCUUCAUAUCUGAAAAGUCUAGUGCAGCUCACCUCGGAGCACCUAGAUAGGGAGCUUGCUUUUUAUCUAGCUUUUGCAGCGAGGUCAGACAAUAUAAGCAUGUAUGAGAAUUAUACAUUCCUAAAAGAGCCAUGCUACACCUUUGAGGAUCUGUAUAACCUAACAAAAGACGAUGUGCCGCUGGUAGAUUAUGGGCUGAAAUUUAUCUACACAAACUAUCCAGAAAUUGCUAAGCUGUCCCACAGGAUUAUGAAAAAUGAAUUUGAAACAAAAGAGGAUACAGCCAACGAGAUUUAUAAGCUAUUUGUCUCCGAAGAAAAUCUAAGAAUAGCCAUGUCUGUCACUAAUAACAUAGAAAAAAUUCGAAAAGAAAAGAAAGUAAGCUACCAUCUGUUCAAAGCAUUAGAGUACAUGGCGAACAACACCGAGCUUCUAAAAGCAAGGGACGGCUCGAAAGCUCUGGAGAUAAACACAGAUCUAAGUAGUUUUAAUAAAAAUUACAUAGUUGAAGAUGACCGCUUAAGGAAUAUAUGCAAGGAAAAAGAAGCUGAACUAAAGAAAGAAAUAAAAAAGAAGGAAGAGGCUCUAGAAGAGGAAGAAAGAAAAAAAGUCAAAGACAGAGCUACUAUUAAUAGUCUAAAGCAUGAAAUAUAUCUGCUAGAUUGUGCUCACUUAGUGGCAGGCCUACAAGAUUUUAACGCCUUUCAUCUUCGAGAUAGCAUGGAAAUUCUACUAAAUAAAAAAUACUCUGUACAGCAGAAGUAUCUAGUUAAAAAAAUAGAAGAGUUUGAAAAAACGCUUAAUAGCAUAAAAGCAGCAGAAGAAGCAUCUAAAAGAGAAAAAG